AUGAUCUGCUUGGACGAAGCCGACCGGCUUUUUGAGAUGGGUUUCGUCGAGCAAAUCGACGAGGUGUUUGCGGCGUGCACCAACCCGUCGCUCCAGCGCAUGAUGUUUUCCGCCACCAUGCUCGAGGGUGUCGAAGAAAUGGCCCAGAGCGUGCUCAAGGACCCGAUCAAGGUCGCGAUCGGUGUCAAGAACGCGGGUGCCAACACGAUCAACCAGCGCCUUUUGUUUGUCGGCAAGGAAGAAGGCAAGCUCGUGGCCAUGAAGCAGCUCAUCCAGGAGGGCUUGAAGCUCCCGGUGCUCAUGUUUGUUCAAAACAAAGAUCGUGCCAAGGAACUCUUCCACGAGCUGGUCUACGACGGUAUCAACGUUGGCGCGAUCCACGCCGACCGCACCAAAGAACAGCGCGACAAGGUCAUCAAAGACUUUCGAACGGGCUCGGUGUGGGUCCUCAUCUGCACGGAUCUCAUGAGCCGCGGUAUCGACUUCAAGGGCGUCAACAUGGUCAUCAACUACGAUUUCCCCCAGAGUGCCGUGAGCUACAUCCAUCGCAUUGGUCGUACGGGCCGUAACGGCCGCAAGGGCGAAGCCGUCACGUUCUUCACGGAAAGUGACAUGAUGUAUUUGCGCACGAUUGCCAACGUCAUGAAGCUUUCUGGCUGCGACGUGCCCGACUGGAUGCUCGCAAUGAAGAAGGCGAGCGUCCGCCAGCGCAAGCAGCUGCUCAAGGCGCCGCCGCAGCGUCACCGCAUCGAAACGGUCUCUGGCUACGAUCUGAAAAAGGCGCACAAGCACAAGACUGGUUUCAACAACAUGACUAGGCUCAUGAAGCAGCACACGGCCAAGAAGAAGACCAGCAGCGCGGACAACGACGCGGACGACGCAUAG